CGAACAGAAUCAGUUAAUGAGCAGACGCGAAGCGAAACACAUCUUCUGGACGGGUUAAAAGCACCUAAAGAAAUUCGAAAAACCUAACGCGUGUGUGAUUUUCGGUACAAGAAUAACAAUACGCAUAAAUUAACAUCUUUUGUUUUAAUAAAAAAAAAUAGUGAAUGAAAAAACAAAAAAUUGAAAUUCCGAACGUUUGGCCAUAUCAAAGUGAUAACAAUUAAUAAUUUUAUAUUGCCCUUCCGCUGUGUUGAGACACGGAAUAAAAAACAAAACACUAACGAGCAUUUUAGCGAAUUAUGUUAAUACAGCGUCAUACGAGACAAUGCUCGGCUCGGUUAUUUGUUUUAUUGUGCGUUGUUAGCUUUGGCGCGAGCCCGGUAUGGGCUAAAAUCUACGAUCGCUGCGAGUUGGCGCGUGAACUGCACCAUGUGCAUCGCGUUCCGCUUGAACAAAUAGCAACGUGGGUGUGCAUUGCACAACGUGAAUCGCUCUUCAAUACCGCCGCCGUGGGUCGUUUAAACAGUGACGGUUCGGCCGAUCAUGGACUUUUUCAGAUCAGUGAUCUCUAUUGGUGCAGCCAUAGUUAUCGCGGCGAAAAAGCCUGUGGCCUAAUGUGCAAUGAACUUCUGGACAAUGACAUCUCCAACGAUGUACGCUGCAUAAAAUCGAUUUAUGAGGAACACACCCGCCUAUCGGGUGAUGGUUUCAAUGCCUGGACAACAUAUCAGCCGUUCUGCCGCAGCCAAGACUACAAACAAGUGGCCGCUUGUUUUGCCAAUCAACCACCCAAAAGCUAUCCUCAAACGGGACCAAACUCCGUGCAGGAUUCUGCAAAAGUUUCAAAGAAAUAUCAUUCAAAUCCAUUCUUGUUAAGUGUCCAUGGACAAAAGGCCUCGGCAUCAGCGCCGAGCACCCAGUACUCCAUUGGUCCAAAUUAUCAGCAUAAUCCAUUUCUUAAUAAAAUUAAACCCCAAGCUGGGGGCUACCAUUAUGAAGGCUCUGGUUCUGGCAAGCAAUAUCAUGCACAGAAACCACAAAGCCAGUCGACGGCGACGUUGACCCGCUACAAUGACAUUCAACGCAACGUGAAUAGCGGGCGCGGCAAACAACAGGGUAAAGUCUAUACACGUUGCUCCCUAGCCCAAGAACUUUAUUCUAAACAUCGUUUUCCACUGCAGGAUAUCGCUACUUGGGUGUGCAUCGCCGAACAUCAAUCUUCCCUUGACACCAGGGCGGUGGGACGUAACAACGGUGAUGGUAGUGUCAAUUAUGGUCUAUUUCAGAUCAGUGAUCGUUACUGGUGCUCGGAUGUGGCGCCACAGGAGAAGGCCUGUAAGAUGGCCUGCCAAAAGCUAAUGGAUGAUGAUUUGACGGAUGAUGUUGCUUGUGUGAGGACAAUUUAUGACGAACACACACGGAUUUCAGGAGAUGGCUUUAAUGCUUGGGUUGUUUACUCGACACGCUGUCAAAAUCAAAAUAUUGAGCACAUUCGUCAAUGUUUUGAUUCGAAAGUUUUGGAUAGGGCUAACACGCUUGCCGUGCCUUCGGCAUCGGGCUCGCAGGCUGUAAGCGUUAAUAAAGGUAAAAUCUAUAACAAAUGUGAGUUGGCCCAGGAGUUGUAUCACAAACAUCAGAUGCCCAUGGACCAGAUACCUACAUGGGUUUGCAUUGCUCAACAUGAAUCAAGUUUAAAUACUGCAGCAGUUGGGCGCCUUAAUACAGAUGGCUCCGCUGAUCAUGGUCUCUUCCAAAUCAGUGAUCUCUAUUGGUGUUCUCAUGAUAAAUAUGGUGGUAAGGCAUGUAAUAUUCCUUGUGAUCGCCUGCUAGACUCUGAUAUUUCCGAUGACGUGAGGUGCAUAAAAAUUAUUCAUGAGGAGCAUACAAGAAUCUCCGGGGAUGGUUUUAAUGCUUGGACAGUAUACAAACCACACUGUCGCAAUCAGGGCUUGGAUCGUGUGAAGCAAUGUUUCUCCGAAAAAGAACUUAAGGAGAGUCACACAAAAUCUGGAUCCUCUUUCGGUGCCAGUAGUAAUGCUCUGACACCCCAGAGUUCAGGUUCGACGAAGAAAGGAAAACUCUACAACAAAUGUGAAUUGGCUCAGGAAUUAUACCACAAACAUCAUAUGCCCAUGGAACAGAUUCCAACCUGGGUUUGCAUUGCUCAACACGAGUCGAGUUUCAACACUGCUGCAGUUGGGCGCCUAAAUACAGAUGGCUCGGCAGAUCAUGGCCUCUUCCAAAUCAGUGAUCUCUAUUGGUGUUCUCAUGAUAAAUAUGGUGGUAAGGCAUGUAAUAUUCCUUGUGAUCGCCUGCUAGACUCUGAUAUUUCCGAUGACGUGAGGUGCAUAAAAAUUAUUCAUGAGGAGCAUACAAGAAUCUCCGGGGAUGGUUUUAAUGCUUGGACAGUAUACAAACCACACUGUCGCAAUCAGGGUUUAGAUCGUGUAAAGCAAUGCUUUUCCGAAAAAGAACUUAAGGAGAGUGUAACGAAGUCAGUAGCAUCAACCAGUACUAGUAAUGCUCUUAUACCCCACAGUUCGGGUUCAACAAAGAAGGGAAAAAUCUACAACAAAUGUGAGCUGGCACAGGAAUUGUACCACAAACAUAAAAUGCCCAUGGAUCAAAUUCCAACCUGGGUUUGCAUUGCUCAACAUGAGUCUAGUUUUAAUACCGCCGCUGUUGGUCGCCUAAAUACUGAUGGUUCUGCAGAUCAUGGUCUCUUCCAGAUAAGCGACCUCUAUUGGUGCUCCCACGAUCAGUAUGGUGGGAAGGCAUGUAAUAUUCCCUGCGAUCGCCUGCUGGACUCUGAUAUUUCCGAUGACGUGAGGUGUAUAAAAAUUAUUCAUGAGGAGCAUACAAGAAUCUCCGGAGACGGUUUCAAUGCCUGGACUGUUUACAAACCUCACUGCCGCAAUCAGGGUCUGGAUCGUGUGAAGCAAUGUUUUUCUGAAAAAGAACUGAAGGAGAGUGUAACGAAGUCAGUAACAUCAACCAGUACUAGUAAUGCUCUUAUACCCCACAGUUCGGGUUCAACAAAGAAGGGAAAAAUCUACAACAAAUGUGAGCUGGCACAGGAAUUGUACCACAAACAUAAAAUGCCCAUGGAUCAAAUUCCAACCUGGGUUUGCAUUGCUCAACAUGAGUCUAGUUUUAAUACCGCCGCCGAUGGUCGCUUAAAUACUGAUGGUUCUGCAGAUCAUGGUCUCUUCCAGAUAAGCGACCUCUAUUGGUGCUCCCACGAUCAGUAUGGUGGUAAGGCAUGUAAUAUUCCUUGUGAUCGUCUCCUUGACUCCGACAUUUCCGAUGACGUGCGGUGUAUCAAAAUUAUUCACGAAGAACAUGCAAGAAUUUCGGGGGAUGGUUUCAAUGCCUGGACUGUUUACAAACCUCACUGCCGCAAUCAGGGUCUGGAUCGUGUGAAGCAAUGUUUCUCCGAAAAAGAACUGAAGGAGAGUCCCACAAAAUCUGGCUCUUCAUUUGGCAGCAACAGCAAUGCUCUGAUACCACAAACUUCAGUAGCUUCCAAAAAAGGUAAAAUCUAUAAAAAGUGCGAACUGGCUCAGGAGUUGUACCACAAACACAAAAUGCCCAUGGAACAGAUUCCCACCUGGGUCUGUAUUGCUCAACAUGAGUCAAGUUUCAACACCGCCGCCGUUGGGCGCCUCAAUGCAGAUGGUUCAGCCGAUCAUGGUCUCUUUCAAAUCAGUGAUCUCUAUUGGUGCUCCCACGAUCAGUAUGGUGGAAAGGCAUGUAAUAUACCUUGUAAUAAGCUACUCGACUCGGACAUUACAGAUGAUGUGCGAUGCAUAAAAAUCAUACAUGAGGAACAUACCCAGCUGUCGGGAGAUGGCUUCAAUGCUUGGACUGUUUACAAGCCACAUUGCCGCAAUCGCAAAAUGGAUGAAAUACGUUCGUGUUUCAGUAAUAAUGAAAUUGAAUUGUACGAAUCAACUCGGGUGGUCACGAAAUACCAAGCUACCACACAAAAUGUUGGAACCAAACAACCUGGUGAUUACAAACAUAAUCCGUUUUUGAGUAAGAUACCCAUUGCACCCAAGCCUUUGACCAGCCAUGAGACCUACAAGCCACAACAAGAUACCAAGAAAGAUUCCUCACCGUCAAUUAUACCGAGUCCCGACAAUUAUAAACACAAUCCAUUCUUGAGUGGAGCCAUUAAGGUUUCCUCCCCCUCACAACACUUUGAACAAAUUCAGUCAUCUGAGAAAGUUCAAUAUGUUUCCAAAGGAGAAACGGAAACUGCAACGAAUUAUAAAAACAAUCCAUUCCUAAGUGGUGCAAUUAAAACCUCUCAAGUAACUCAGUCUUCAACAUCAAAGCCAUCACAACAAAGUUAUAGCCAGAAUCCUUUCUUGGCAGCAGCAGCAAGACCACAGGCAACUUCGCCGAUUAGUUCUGAAAAAGUGCCUUCUAAAUAUGUGGAUAGUAAUAACUUCAGACCCAAACCUGAUACAUCACACUCUUUCGGUGAAGAAAUUCGGAAAGAACAGUCCAUGCAAAAGCCCUUCCAACAGCCCUCCAAAUAUGUGGAUAGUAAUAACUUUAGAAAUAAGACGGGGUCAGUAGGUCCUACCACCACAACCGCAAAAACUCCAACGACUACAAAACCGUUGAUUACAACUACAACUCCAAGUACAACAACCACUCGAAAAUCAACGACAACAACUUCAAGACCUACCACAAAAAAGACAACCACUACUCGUAAACCAACUACAACAACUUCAAGGUCCACACAGAAAACGACAACACGACCUACAACACAACGUACGACAAAGCCUACAACUACAUGGAGUUGGGCCACAACGACUACAAAGAAGCCAACGACCAAGCCAUUGACAACAACGACCAGAAAACCUCAAACAACAACAACCAAAAAACCGAUCACUACGACUACAACAAAAUCCUCAACAUCCUGGAAUUGGAGCAGUGGGCAAUGGAAAGCUUCGAGCACUACAUCGAAACCAAUAAAGGCUGUAUCAACGACAAAAUCUUCCAAAACUACAACUACUACCAAGAAACCCAGCACUGCAAAGACCACAUCCUGGAAUACUACGAAAUCUACGACAAAACCAAGCACCACAUCCUGGACUACCACAAAGACGACGAAAAAACCAAGUACCACAAGGACCACACAACCAAGCACUACGAGAAAACCAACAACAGCAUCAUGGAAUUGGAAUAGCGGACAAUACAAGAGUUCAACUUCAAAACCUUCGACCACAAGUACCAAGCGACCAGGUCACACAACCACAAAAGCCACAACUUCAUGGAACUGGAAUAAUGUCCAGGCAAAGAAAACUACGAAAGCCACAACCAGUUGGAUCUGGAAUAGCACAACUGCCAAGCCAGUUACAACAACGAAAACUACUACCGGCUGGAAUUGGGAUAAAUCCAAAGAAUCUGCUCAAUCGUCGAAAAUUUCAAACUCUUGGAAUUCCAGUGACAAAAAAGGAUCCCAAUUAAAUGCUGCAAUUAAAGCCGUUACAACUACCACAAAACGACCAAACUCGACUACAAAGAAAGCAGAAACAUUCUCCAAACAAUCCCAAACUACAACGACCACAAAACGACCUGCUACCACAACCUCCUGGAAAUCAUCAUCCUCGACAACAUCCACAAAGAAACCCACCACAACCACAACAAAAUCUUGGCAAAACGGCAACAACUACAAUUGGCAACACCAAACAUUUUCAACUACUAAAUCAUCGUUAUCCUCCAAAACAACGACAAAACGUCCCACAAAUCAAUGGAAUUGGCAACAACCAACAAAAUAUGCCAAUGCAACCACAACUCGAAAACCCACCACUUCAAACCCACCGAUUUCUAAUAAUAAGCAACAACAAACCACAUGGCAAAAUGGCAACACGAAAACGACACGUAAACCACAAACAAACAAUUGGCAAUCCACCACAACUGCAAGUUGGCAACACAGCAAGUCAUUGGCGACCACCGCAAAGCCACAAGGCAAUAAAAACGAUCCCUUCAGUGAUCCAUUUUUCGAAAGAAUAAAACAAAAAAUUACAACUUCAACGUUUAAAAGUCCCAGCCAUUUGACGGCGACGGUGCCCCAGCACAUCAAGGAGUCCAAACUUUAUCAGGAUUUUAAAAAUAUAACCAAUAAUUCGAAUAAACCUAUUGUUUCGUACAAUUUUCAAGCGACAGCUGGAAGUGUUGCCAACACAACCAAAAAGCGUUGGCAGUAAGCAAAGCUGAAGAUUUUCAGUUAGCUGAUAAUGUAUACAAUCGAAAUG